AGUCGACAGUGAGAGCUAGAGAUGUCAAACCAGAAAACAUGUGGGAUGUUACAUUCAAUGUUGAAGAAUGCCAAACCCUACUUGCUUAUGAUGGGUUUGCAGUGUGGCUCUGCUGGGAUGUACAUCAUAAGUGCUGUUACUCUCAAACAAGGGAUGAGCCGUUUCGUGCUCAUCGUCUACCGGAAUGGCAUUGCUGCACUCACCAUCGCUCCGUUCGCUCUAGUUCUUGAAAGGAAAAUACGACCAAAAAUGACACUUCCAACCUUCUUACAGAUAAUGGUGUUGGCUUUUCUAGAGCCAAUUCUUGAUCAGAACUUAGCCUACUUGGGGAUGAACUUGACAUCGGCAUCAUAUGCUUCUGCCAUUAUGAAUGCAGUUCCUGCCCUUACCUUUGUCAUCGCAGUUAUUCUCCGGUUGGAACUGGUAAAGAUUAAAGAAGUUCGCAGUCAAGCUAAGGUUAUUGGAACCCUACUGACCUUGACAGGAGCAUUGGCCAUGACAUUGUACAAAGGCCCUAUUAUCAAUCUGUUUUGGACCCCGAAAACAAGCCAUUUUGUGAGCACUAAUGACUCGUCCGAUAAACACUGGGUCACUGGCACUAUAUGUAUCCUAAUUGGUUGCUUUGCCUGGUCUUGUUUCUUCAUAUUGCAAUCGAUAACGGUGAAGAAAUAUCCCGCGGAGCUCUCUCUAGCCUUCUGGAUAUGCUUGUUGGGCACUGUGCAGAGCACAGCAGUGACACUCAUGUUUGAGCACCACCCCGGUGCCUGGUCGAUUGGCUGGGACUCUAGGCUCCUCGCUCCCGUUUACACGGGGGUAAUUAGCUCUGGAAUCACAUACUACGUUCAAGGCCUGGUGAUGAAAACAAGAGGGCCUGUGUUUGUAACUGCCUUCAACCCUCUAUGCAUGAUCAUUGUAGCUGUUCUUGGUUCUGUCAUUCUAGCUGAGAAACUUCAUCUCGGAAGCAUAAUUGGAGCUAUAGUAAUCGCAUUUGGCCUUUAUGCCAUCGUUUGGGGCAAAAGAAAGGAUCAACUUAGCCUGACACCAUCAACAAAUGAAAAUGGUGGCGACCAUGAACUGCCAGUGACUGCAAGUUGUACGAAGUUGACCGUCACCGGAAAACAUCACGAGGAACGUGCCGCCGAGUCUGAUGUUCUGGCAAAGGAAAUGGAGUCAAACAAAUAGUUAUUUCUUCUUGAAUGCGACAUGUACCCUGAUCAUGUAGUUCCCAAUUUAAUUUAAACCUAUAAUUAGGCUCUUUCCUCUUCCACUGUAAAUAACCAAUAAAUGUAUGGGAUAUCAUAGUACGAAGGAAUGUAAUUUUUUUUCCCGAAAAUUAGGAUUGUAAUUUUUAUAACAGGUAAACUGCCUGCCUGCAAUUGUGUAAAGAACAUGUGUGUGUGUGUGUGUAUAUAUAUAUAUAUUCUAAGGGAAUUUGUGAGUUUAUGCAGCGGAAGAUAA